AUGUCACUCCCUCAGACGACGAUGGCGGCGCGUAGACGUCAGGCGGCGGCGGCGGCGGGCGCGCGAGGCGCUCGAGCCUCAGAAGCAGCCGCAGCAGCAAGAGCAGCAGCAGGAGCGAGAGCAAGAGCAGCAGCAGCGCCAACCCUCCCUCGCGGCGAUGCGGAGCCAGGCAUGGCGGCGGCGCCCAGCCUCACCGUCUGCCUCAAGCUCCUGGCGGCCGCUUUCUACGGGUUCAGCUCCUUCCUCAUCGUGGUGGUUAACAAGAGCGUCCUCACCAGCUACGGAUUUCCAUCCUCGUUGUGUGUGGGACUAGGCCAGAUGUUUGCCACAGUGCUUGUCCUCUGGGUGGGAAAGGCACUCAGGGUGGUGAAGUUUCCAGACUUUGACAGAAAUAUACCUCGAAAGACAUUUCCACUACCUCUUCUCUAUUUUGGGAACCAAAUCACAGGACUGUUCAGCACAAAAAAAUUGAACCUGCCAAUGUUUACAGUCCUGAGACGAUUUUCUAUUCUGUUUACAAUGUUUGCAGAAGGAAUUUUGCUCAAGAAGAAAUUUUCUUGGGGGAUUCAGAUGACAGUAUUUGCAAUGAUAAUUGGAGCCUUUGUAGCUGCAAGUUCUGAUUUGGCAUUUGAUCUAGAAGGUUACAUUUUUAUCUUGAUCAACGAUGUCUUGACAGCUGCAAAUGGUGCAUAUGUAAAGCAGAAACUAGAUUCAAAGGAGCUGGGAAAAUAUGGCCUCCUUUAUUAUAAUGCACUGUUCAUGAUCCUUCCAACCUUGGCCAUUGCCUAUUUUACAGGAGAUGCGCAAAAGGCAAUUGAAUACCAAGGUUGGGCAGAUACCCUCUUCCUUGUACAGUUUACGCUCUCCUGUGUAAUGGGGUUUAUUCUUAUGUAUUCAACAGUACUUUGUACUCAGUAUAACUCUGCCCUAACAACUACAAUAGUUGGUUGUAUUAAGAAUAUAUUAAUAACCUACAUAGGAAUGUUCUUUGGAGGAGAUUAUAUUUUCACAUGGACAAACUUUGUAGGAUUAAAUAUCAGUAUUGCUGGAAGCCUGGUAUAUUCUUACAUCACCUUUACAGAAGAACAGAGCAAGCAGUCUGAAGCUAGCAUCAAGAUGGACAUUAAAGGGAAAAGUGCUGUAUGACAAAAGGAGUUACUUAUCUAAAGUAACUUGCUUUGCAGUUGUAAGUGCUGACAAAUCAGUAGAAUCUGUCAUGUCUGUGAAUGGAAUUAUAACGAGUCCUUGGCAUUUGCACAAUCUGAUGACAGCUACCUUUUGAAGGAAAUUUGAUAAUUUAAAAUGUACAAGUGGAUCGUUAAUGCUGAGCUUCAAAAUAUACUUGUUAAAAUCUUGCACCAUUUGUGCAAAAAACACUUCUAAUGCCACAGUAGUAAUUAUCUCAACUAUAGCCAGUGCACUAGUAGCCGCAGCUGGAUUUUGCAAGUAAAUGGAUCCUAAAUAUUUCAGAAGCAACUUCAGGCUGCUGGGCAAACACUCAGGGCUUUCAUUUGCCAAGAAGACCAGCUUCAACUGACUUUUUUUCAGAGGUUACUCAAGAUCACUACUGAUCAAAUAACAUUCAGACUAAGAUCCUUAUUCUAUGGGGAUAUUCACUCUGGUGUGUAACCUGUAGGGAGGGCAACGGGGAUAAUAGCUUAUCUUGUCUACCACAGAAGUCACUAUGAGAGAAAUCCCAAACCAGUUUCUUGCCAUUCCAGCCAGUAGUUUGAAAUGCGUGUCCUAUUUCAAAUCUUGUGUUGUAUUAAAUUCAGGGGUAAUUAGAUAUGUGCCUUGUCAGAAGUCAUGGCUUUGAGGCCUCUGUAGGUCAACAACCAUCAUGGUUCAAAGCAUGGUUUGAGCAAUAUUUUCAUGGAGGAAUGAGUAAAACAAAGUACAGUGCUAAAGUUUUACACCUUGGUCAUGGCUUUUCACUCAAUUUGUUUUGGUACAACUUCAGUUUGGAAGAAGGUACAGGCUUAUAGAAGGAUUUUUAUCUUCCAACAAUGUCACAAAGCUCUUUCCUAUGACAGUAGGAAUAGGGAUCAAAGAUGCAAAAGGCCCAUGUUGAAAAGGGAUUUGUAAAUAGGUAAUUCUAUACAUAAAACAAACAAGUCCCAUGCCUCUCUAUCUGUCUGCCUGUUUGCUUCUAUAAACGCACACUCUUCUCACAGUUUUCUUCAGCCUGUCAUAACUUAUUGUAAGAGGAGAGAAUAUAGCAACCAAUAGAGGGAAACCAAAAUAAUAUAAAGCUUAAUCAUUGAAGAGAGAUGUUUAAAUCAACAGUUAUAAACCCAAUCACUCCUGUUGUAUAUUAUUUCAUUUAUACCUGAACCCAAGUGCUCUUCAUCUAUUCUUGACUAGGGUGGGAGUGCUCAUGUUCUUUUCCUAAAGAAUCUGGUUUAACCACAAAUAGGCAUAUCUAGAAAGUGCCCAGGAUGCAGUGGUAAAAAAAGUCCAAUGAAGUCAUAAGAGUUAGAUUGAUAGUAGUUUAGAUGCAAUAGCUUCUACAUUGCUGAUAGUUAGGAAUGCCCUCAGUCAAGAAGGCUCUUUCUGAAGCACAUAUAAGGGGAGUAGAGCUGAGGAGGACAGUAAGAGCACAACUGAAAACCUCCUUGUAUCCAUUGGCAUCUUGCCCACCAUGUUCUUGUUUAUGGCUAGAUUAAAACUUUAGCAAAGCUUUGCUGCAUCUGCAUAGGAUUCCUCAAGAAGGCUUUCUGCUGAUAAUGGUUGCCCUCAAAGGUUUACAUUGAGUCCGGGAAACUGACUUAGAAACAGAAAAGGACCAAACAGCAUCUAAUGCUGAAUCAAGUACCUUUUUUCAAAAGUCCAGAGCAGUUUCUAUUAAAAAGGCAUUGCUGAUGAUCUGCACCAGUUACUAUGGAAAUUAAAAAUUAUUUGCAUUGUUUCUUGGGGAUUAUAAAGCACAAUAGCCUUAUGGGUAAAUUUUCUGAGGAAAUGAAAUCAUAAAAAGGAGGCACUUAGAGCACUGCAGCAUUCAGGACCAGAUUAUGGAAAUUACAUGUUUCUGCAUUUGUCUGCAAAGAGGAAUGAUUUUGUCCUCAUGCUGUGAAAAAAUGUAUGUUAUAGCCCCAGAGGGUCAAAGUGGAAGGAAUUCCCUUUUAAGGUAGCUUUUUGAUGACAUUGUCUUUGAUUUGGGCUCCAUCAGACUGAGAAUCCAAGUUAGAAAUAGAUUAGGAAUAGAUACAGAUUUUCAGAAUGAUUUUGUAGCUGAAACUAGACUUGGAGUCUAGAGAAAGUUCAGAUGCAGGAAUUCUAUUUUCAUUUAGCUUUCCAAAGUUAUUUGUAAUAUGUCUAACAUUGCCAUCUCUACUGACUCAUGUAUUUAGUUCUCACGCUGGAGAACUAAAUAGACUGUAUGUAGAUCCGUGCUUAAACUUGCUUUUGUGUUCACAGGAGAGGCUAAUUGUCCAGUUAAUUUAUCUGAUAUUUAAUUAUUGGCUUGUUCACAUUAGACAAGGAGUGGGUCCUUACUUAAACUAGAUUGGAGAGAUAAUCCCACAUUUAAAUCUUAUGACAAAGGCAGAAAAAAAUGGAAAAGAGAUGUAUGUUUGAAAUUCACAAUAUUUACGUUCUUUAAUGAGUGUGGGAAAGAUUUUGAGCCAUCGUUUCUGCUCCAAAUCCCUGCUCUUAAACAGCUUUUCCUAAAAAGUAUUUAUGUGUAGCUAUAGCUAGUUAAGCUUUUGACUAGUUUGUGGAUUAAUCUGUUUAGUGCAAGAGAACAGCAGCUAAAGCAAAGAGUGCAUUUAAUGACAUCUCACAAUAGAAACAUCAAAGCAAGUUGUGAAAAUAAACUACAUGGAGCAAAUAUGCGUUUUUUUUUUAAAUUUAGAACACCAGAAUCAUUAACUUCAAAAAAGAUUUUUGUGAUCCUCUCAAUUUUUCAUACCUGUAGGAAAAUCAGCAGAGGGUGAAAUUGUUGGCUUUCUCUUAACUGGUAGCAUUCUGAACAGAAAAGGGCCAGGUUCAAUCCCUGACUUCUCAGUUGAACAUAUCUUGGGUAGCAGCAGGACAGACCUGUACUAUGUAACGUUUGAAAAAAAUUCUGUUCCUGGUUUGAAAGAGUUCUUUACCCUUGAAUCGUGUGGUACGUACUUUGAAAGUAGUUGUUAUACUCGAGAAACUUUGUUUUUGUGACUGCCACAAACUAUGUUAAAUUGGUUGAAUCUAGAUGAGAUAUUAAUUGAAAAAACUAUAGCAAAAUGUGUUGCAGGAUGUCUUGUAAAAACACAGCUUUUGCCGUUUGAAACACUAUUUCCAUGUUUUUAUAAUAGAACCAAUUAGAAAAUGACAUUUAUAACCCAGAAACAAAAUAAUGUCACAUAGUGUCUUUUUAGAGAUUCGGUGUAUAUGGCAUUCAUCUAAAUGGGACCCCUGGUGGCACAAUAGGUUAAACUCUUGUGCCGGCAGACUGUUGACUUGAAGGUUGGGUUGCUGACCUGAAGGUUGCCAGUUCGAAUCCAACUCGGGAAGAGUGUCAAUGAGCUCCCUCUGUCAGCUUCAGCUCUAUGCGGGGACAUAAGCCUCCCACAAGGAUAGUAAAACAUCAAAGCAUCCAGGUGUCCCCUUGCAGACAGCCAGUUCUCUCACACCAGAAGCGACUUGCAAUUUCUCAAAAACUAAAUAGGCAGUGAUGCAACCGUUUAUGCUUAGGCUGCAAGAGUUUGCACAAGUGUACAAAAAGUAGGCUGUUAAGGUUGUAAGAGUUGUAUUAUUUUUUCACUUUACUGUGAACCAUGGUUUUAGUCCUUUAGAGACAUAAGCUGGUACUACCCCAAACUACAUCAGAUUAAAUACUUUCUUGGGUGUUAAUACAAGGAGGUAUUCCAUACUUCCUUGCACAGUAUCUUUUUCCAAGUUGUAUAAUGGCAGUUGGGUAGUGUUGAAAUGCAGCUCCAUUCCAAUCUAUACAGGUACUGAUAGGCCAUGUAAGGUUUGCCCUAGCAUCACCCAGCUGCUGUUGUGUAGCCAGUGAAAAGGGAACUGCCUUGGCCUCUUCCACAAAACUAUGAGGGUGAAGUGGUACACUCUGCCAGUAUGCAAUCAGAUCUCAAUAACUAUGUACUAUUUACCUAUGUACCAUUUACUUGGAAGUAAGCUCUGUCAUUGGAAUUUACUUCGGUGCAGAUAAACCUAGGAUGGUUUGUACAUAAUUUAAAAUGCACUAUAAUAGUUUUUCAAAAUGUAAUGUUUUCAAAAUAGAUUUGUUCUUUUUUAAUGCAUACAUUUUGUCCAGCAUCUUUCUCAUUGUAAAAAGUGGACUAGCCUUCCCCCCCUCUGAAACCUAGGAUGAAUGUCUACUUUCUCAUUUUAAGCAGUAACCAUUGCAGUUGGAUUCAAUGAUCCAUGUCUUGAAAAUGUUAAAAUUCCAAAAAGCAAAAAAUGAUUUUGCCAUUUUAUAUAAGGGACACCAUAUUCCUGUAUGUAUAAAGGGAAUUGAGGAUCCAUGGGGGCUCCUGGAAUUAAACAUCAGCCGAUAUCAAGGGCCCACUAUACAACAAUUUGAUUUUCCAGCAAACCCGUGGUUAGAGAAACAGAAGUGUUUGUCUUUGCUUCUCAGGCUAGCAUUAACACAUUCUUCAUUUGUGUGGAAAUAAGAAGGCUCCUCUAAGAUUUCAUGUUUCAGUUUUUGAAUGGUAGCUGUGAAAUAUAUUACGGUAGCAUAAAAAGUAGUGAUUGUUAUAAAGGUUAACUCCAGCUGCUAUUUCCAUUACUUGCUAAAUGGUUACUCUUUUCUCUUACCUGCCAACCUGCCAUCUAUACUUGUUUGUACCAGAUUCCUACCCCAAAGUAUCAAAUUCUGUAAAAAAAAAAAAAAAAAAAAGCCAUGCACAGAAGUUAUACAAAGAAUGUAUGUGCAGAUACGUAUAUUUGCAUUGUCUUGUCACAAGAUAUGGGGUCUCUUUAGAGUGUUUUAAUAUGUCAAUGACAGAUCCUUGUAUUUUUGUCAAUCUGCUAUACUGAGGCAGUUGCUCUCAGGGUAUUUGUUAAAAGUUACUCUUUGUAAUCUACUGGAUAGAUUUGCUAUCAUGUAAAACAGUUCUGAGUGGAUUUGCAUUAUGUAAAAUGUACACCUUUUUAGUGCCAAGUUCCAGAAGAUAUUGCGUACACUGGAAGGGGAAACAAAAUUUCUAGUUUAUUUUCUAUGCUAUUAAUCUUCCUAUUUUUCCUGUAUAGAAUUUAUUUACAAGAUUGAGUCUCCUAGCAUAAGGGUAAACAUUUUUUUAAUUGUUGAGUAUUGUAGACUUUAUAUAUUAAGUCAGAUGACACCAGUUUUUUAAAAAACAAAAUUGCAUCUGUAUUUUUGUACUGGCUUAAAAAUAAAUUGAAGCAACAUCACCGUUGUUUUUAAAUUCA